GCAGGAGUGAUCGCAGAGCCGCAUAGUGCAGCGGGUCCCCGGCCGGGCACUCACUGACCCCCCCCUCCGGGUCACCUCUUCACCCUCUGGACGCCCAUACAGAUCACAGAGAGAAUAACCUGCAGUGACUGUCAGUUCCAAACUACGUUUCAUGAGCUUCUCCCGGAGAACCAAGUGCACCCUCUGCAGUUUUGGCAGCACCCCAUGCAGGUAGGUCUAACCAGGAGACCUGGUGGACCUGGCCGGUCCAGAGGAGGCAUCGGCGGCAGCAGGUGACUCUGACCCAAGUUAUACUCCAGUGAUAAGGGGGGUCGGGAUCCAUGGCUGGGAGCAUGAGGUUCAAUGGCACUUUAAAGCUAAAGAUCGGGGAGGCGGUGGACCUGCAGCCCACUAGGUGGUCCAUGAGACAUGUGUCUAUUUUCAAGAAGGGCUCCUCCUUGCUGAACCCCUACAUCACCAUCAAUGUGGACCAGUGUAGAGUUGGACAAACCAGCACCAAGCACCGCACCAACAAGCCCACCUACAAUGAGGAGUUCAGUAUCCCUGUCUGUGAGGGGAGCAAGGUGGAGCUGGCUAUCUUCCAUGACACCCCGAUAGGGUAUGAUGACUUUGUGGCCAACUGCAGCCUCAGUUUCCAUGAACUUGUUAAGAACUGUGGACCCUCUGACUGCUUUGAAGGCUGGCUUGAUUUGGAACCAGAAGGGAAAGUUUACGUUGCUAUAACUCUCAUCGGCAGCAUUACUGAAGGUACCUUAAAUGAUGGAAGGAUUCUUAAACACUUUACCCGCAAGCGUCAGAGGGCCAUGAGGAGGAGAGUGCACCAAGUGAAUGGACACAAGUUCAUGGCAACCUAUCUCCGUCAACCUACAUACUGCUCUCACUGCAAGGAGUUCAUCUGGGGAGUAUUUGGCAAGCAAGGAUAUCAAUGCCAAGUUUGCACGUGUGUUGUCCACAAGCGUUGCCACCAGUUGAUCGUCACAGCUUGCACUUGCAGGAACAACAACACAGACAAAGUGGAAACAAAGAUAUAUGAACAGAGGUUUGGGAUCAACUUGCCGCACAAUUUCCGAUUCCACAACUAUAAAGUCCCAACGUUUUGUGACCACUGUGGCUCCCUACUUUGGGGACUGCUGAAGCAGGGCCUGCAAUGUAAAAUAUGCAAAUUGAAUGUACACAAACGGUGUGAAGCAAGCGUGGCAAACAACUGUGGCGUGAAUUCUGUGGAACUGGCAAAUGCUUUGGCUGGAAUGGGUCUUCAACCAGGGAAUAUCGCUUUCAAACAGCAUUUUGACACAAGUUCUGUGACUGGCAACCAAUCCAGUGAUGAAGACACGUACUCCAACUGUUCUCAGCACAAAUUUGGGAUUGAGGACUUCGAGUUUAUUCGUGUGCUGGGGAAAGGCAGUUUUGGAAAGGUCAUGCUUGCCAGAUCCAAAGAGUUGGACAAUCUCUACGCGGUGAAGGUGUUAAAGAAGGAUGUGAUUCUCCAGGAUGACGAUGUGGAGUGUACGAUGACGGAGAAGCGUAUCCUGUCCUUGGCGUGCAAUCAUCCUUUUCUAACACAGCUAUUCUGUUGCUUCCAAUCUCAGGACAGGCUCUUUUUUGUCAUGGAGUUUGUAAACGGGGGAGACCUUAUGUUUCACAUUCAGAAAUCUCGACGAUUUGACGAAGGCCGCGCCUGCUUCUAUAGCGCUGAAAUCACCUCUGCCCUCAUGUUUCUACACAACAAAGGAGUUAUCUACAGAGAUUUGAAGCUGGACAACGUAUUGUUGGAUCAUGAAGGGCAUUGCAAGCUUGCGGACUUUGGGAUGUGUAAAGAGGGGAUUCGUGAAGGAUGCACAACAUCAACCUUUUGUGGGACACCUGAUUACAUUGCGCCAGAGAUUCUGCAGGAGAUGCAGUAUGGGCCUCUUGUGGACUGGUGGGCAAUGGGUGUUCUCCUGUUUGAGAUGCUUUCUGGCCAUGCACCAUUUGAAGCAGAAAACGAGGAUGACCUUUUUGAGGCUAUCUUAAAUGAUGAAGUUAACUAUCCAGCUUGGCUUUCACAAGAUGCUGUCGGGAUCCUGCAAGCUUUCAUGAAGAAGAAGCCAAACAAACGGUUGGGUAGCUUGGCUUUGGGGGGUGAGAAAGCCAUUCUGUGGCACCCAUUUUUUAAGGACAUUAAUUGGGAUAAACUGAACAAGAAGGAGAUUGAGCCACCUUUCAGACCACGAAUUAAAUCUCGAGAAGACGUCAGCAACUUUGAUCCGGAGUUUGUUAAAGAAGACGCAGUAUUAACCCCUAUUGAUGAGCGAUUGCUCCCAAUGAUUAAUCAGGAUGAGUUCAGACACUUUUCAUACACGGCUCCUGAUCACCAGAGCUUUUCACAAGAUGGGAACGCCAGGACGCAGCAGUAGACGUUACUCUCUGGGGAUUUCUUAUUUAUUCCUGACACCGUGACAGCCAAAGACACAAGGAAGAAGGACUCAGACAAUGUCAUGUUGACAACGUGCGUCCCUGUGGGUAGAGAAUUAAUUAUUUAUAAUGCUGGUUCUCUAUCUGCGUGUCUUGAGAAUAAGCAUCGGAUGAUGAUAGCGGAAUCAAUGUCUCUGCAUGAGACACAUUGACUCUUGUGAAGAGGAAAGUAUCCAUCCUGACGUUACAGGUUGCCUGUCUGGACAUAUUGCUGAUCUAUCCUUACGGAUGAAAUUAAUACAGAUCAGUGGAGAAGGGUUGUAUUUUCAUGGUUGGGUGUAUUAAUGCAGCAUUUUAGAACAUCAGUUCAGUCUCUGAAUAGGUAAGUCACUUGUUCAAGGUGAGCCAUUCAGGACAGUGCAAGAUGUUGAGUGGCAGGAUCUCCUAGACAUUGUAGCAACAUUAUCAGAUGUUCAGCCAUCCCCUAUUAAAUAAGAGGAGAAGUAUAGCAAGGCCAAGUUACAGGUCCAUCUAACGAAGUAGUGCAGAAAUCUAGAACAUUUAUUAUUUGUUCUACAAGUAAUGUACAUUAAUCUUCUUCCUGAAAUAAGCAGUCCCCUGUUUGUUUUACCAUUCAUUACCUAGUUUAGUAAAUUUACCAUAGACACCAUUGCCCUGGAAACAUGGAGUUUGCUCAUGUGCCAUUGGAGCAUAGACAUCCCUCUACUGACCGAAGCAGGAUUGGCUUAUUUUCAGGUAAACAGAAUAUCACAAAUCAUUUGCAUUUAAAUGUAUAGCUCCAAAUAUAACAGGGCAUUGGAAAUGUAGCUAGGCACGAUUGUAGGGGUUUGUUUUACUUUGAGGCUGCAUGGUGA